GAGAACCCUUCUUUUAAAGGGCGCAGAAGGGCAUUCUGCCAAUAUGUCCCUUGUUUUUCGUCGUCUCCUCGCUCGCCGGAGAGAUCGGUUGCGGAGUCCCACGACGGGUGUGCUGUACAAGAGCUAUUAUGUGGCGUGCCGCGGCGAAGCUGGCUGCCCUCACCCUCGGUGGAGCAGGGGCCGCAGCCAUCGUUACCUCUGACGAUCCCUCCAGCACUUUCAAGAUCUGCACCAUCGUUCCCCUUCGCCUUCUCCGCGACUCCAUCACCGCUGCUACCAUGGCCUUCGACUAUCAGUAUUCAUUAUGGGGGCUUAAAGAAGGAAGUAUUGAAUGGUUGAGAGCCAAGCAUGAAGUCCAUAAUCGGUGUGCUUAUAGGCUUCAAGAGUUAUGCUUCCGUAAUGGAGGAAUUUACAUCAAGCUUGGUCAACAUAUUGGUCAAUUGGAAUAUGUAGUUCCUCAAGAAUAUGUUCAAACAAUGAGGGCCUCAAUGCUGAAGAGAUGUCCAGUUUCCUCUUAUGAUCAAGUGCAAAAUAUCUUUGUGAAGGAGCUUGGCGAGCCACCAGAGAAAAUUUUUGCAGAAUUUGAUCCAGUUCCACUGGCUAGUGCUUCUCUUGCACAAGUUCAUGCUGCUAGAACUCAUGAUGGCAAAAAGGUUGCUGUAAAGGUUCAACACACUCACUUGACGGAUACUGCCAUCGCAGAUAUUGCCACUGUGGAUUUGAUAGUGAAUUUCCUGCACUGGUUCUUCCCUGGUUUUGAUUAUAGGUGGUUGGUUGAUGAAAUCCGGGAAAGUGCACCAAAGGAAUUAGAUUUCUUGUUUGAGGCUAGGAACAGCGAGAAAUGUUUGGAUAACUUCAGGAGGUUAUCCCCUCAAAUGGCAAACAGCAUUUAUGCCCCUAAGGUUUAUUGGAAUCUGAGUACUUCUAGACUUUUGACAAUGGAAUUUAUGGAUGCUGCAGAGAUAACUGAUGUUAGUGCUAUACAAAGACUUGGAAUUGAACCUGUUGAUGUUUCAAAAUUAGUCAGCCAAGCUUUUGCAGAGAUGACUUUUAAGCAUGGGUUUGUUCACUGCGACCCCCAUGCUGCCAACAUGAUGGUUCGGCCUUUGCCAUCCAGCAAAUGGAAUUGUUUUGGCAAAAGAAAGCCACAAUUAAUAUUGCUUGAUCAUGGUCUUUACAAAGAACUUGAUUUUGAAACUAAGACUAACUAUGCUGCACUCUGGAAGGCUCUAAUUUUUGCUGAUGUUAAUGCAAUUAAGGAAAAUAGUGUAAAACUGGGUGCUGGUGAGGAUCUGUAUGCACUGUUUGCUGGAGUACUUACAAUGAGGCCAUGGAGUAGAGUCAUUGAUCCAUCUGUGGAUCAUUUAGUUCUAGAAGGGAAUGAUGGUGAUCGUUCAGAGCUCCAGAUGUAUGCUUCCCAGUAUUUUUCUCAGAUCUCAGAACUACUUAGCAGACUUCCACGUGUAAUUCUAUUGAUGCUAAAAACAAAUGACUGUAUACGAGCUGUGAACCAUGCCUUGUUGCAAGGGUCUUCUCUUGAAACAUUUUUAAUCAUUGGAAGAGUCUCAUCUGAAGCCGUCACUGAGGCCAAAAGAAUGUUGCACAAAAGGUCCAUUAUAUGGGGCCUAAGCAUGUGGUUGGAGCAGAUGUUGCUUGAAGCUCGACUACUCAGUAUGAGGAUUGCGCUGUGGUUUCUACAGCUUAAGAAGUCUGUGUCUAGCUGAAGAGCAGAUGGUCAAACUUUUGACUUAUUUCAUAUCAAGCCCACAGCUAACAAAGGGAUCUGAAAUAUUUUGUGGGACCCUUUUUUCAAGAAAAGCAUUUGUGAUUUAUUUUGAAUUGCGCUAUCAUGAUUAUAAUUUGUAAUUAUUCUUGUAUUUACAUUGUCUAUUUAACCUUCAGAUCUUUUUGAAAAGAAUAACCUUCAGUAUGAAGGGCUAAAUGACUCAAGACUAGAAUUAUUGAUCAGUUAUCUGCAAAAAUGAAACGACAAGGCUGU